GCGGCGCGGGCGGUGCUGUGGCGCCGUGCGGGAGCAGGAGCGGGGGCUCGGUGCGCUCGCGCCGUAUCCUCGGCCCUCAUGGCUCCUGCCCGCAGGAAGGCGGCCGCGGGCGCGCGCGGCAGGAAGCUGAGCGCCUUCCUGAAGGACUUCGACCGGGAGGUGAGGAGCCGGGUCGAGCAGCUGCGGACGAACGGGGGAGCGCCUGGUCAAGGAGAUGGAGAACCUGUACGACGUGGAGCUCCUCCGGCUGCCCGCGGCGCUCCGCGAGAUGAACUGGCUGGAGUUCUUCGCUAAAGGGGGAAGCCAGAAAGUCGUGGAGGAGGCGGUGACGGCAGACUUGGGAAUAACAGAAAUAAACAAGCUAACAGCAGAACUUAUCCAGACUCCUUUAAAAAUCGUCACAAAAGAAAAAUCUAAACAGGGUAUUGAAGCUACUGAAGAAGCAGCAGAGGUUCCUUUGCUUCCUCCAGCAAAGAAAGCGAAACACGAUAGCCAGCUUCUGCUGGAGCAAGCAGCUGCAAGUACUAAUCCAAGAAACGGAAAGGUGAGGACGUCCACUAAGAAAGCACCAGUGUCCAGGAGCAGAAGAGCUCCUUCAGCAAGAGUGAAACGCGUGAGUAAAAGAUCAAGCAAAAGCAGCUUUAUCACUCCAGCUACCGGCAGAAAUCUUGAUCUCUGUGCUCGAGGAGGCGCCUCCAUCGUCACGCCCAGGUUUGAUUCGAGAGUUUUCAAGACGCCGGGUUUGCGCACACCCGCAGUAAAUGAACGUGUUUACACCAUCUCUGCUAACGGCAGCCCCCUUGCUGAUGGCAAUGAUGUCUUCAUUACCGUUCCUGUUGGAGGAGGGGAGAGCAUUCGUUUAACAGCAAGUGAUCUGACCAAGAAGAAUCUUCUUCAUCUCAAUCCGGAGGCACGAGGCAUUAUGAAGAAGCUAUCUGUUCGUCUUGCACAAGCUUGUAGCAGUGCAAAAACCCAUAGGUGAAGGCAGUGAAUGUCAACACCUUUUGUAAACGUGGAACUACUCCUAUAAGCUACGAGUACAUUUUAUUUGGUGUCUUACAAUUCUGUGAGCAUUCAUUUAAACGAAA